CACUCAAUGAAUGUUGUCACUGUUCAUCUUUCAUGAACUGAAGCUAUUGAUUAUUCAAUCCCCUUUCAUUACAACCCCACAGGAGGUAUAACGCCAUGUCAAAUCAGGCCAACAGGCAUAAUAAUCAUUUCAGUUGCAUGCACAUCAUUCACAGGUAAAUUCAAAGCCUAGCCUUUCCACAUAUGUUUCAGAAAUUGCAAAGAGUGGGAAGCCUACUUCCUGAAAACACAAUCUGCCCUCGUGACAAAAAGUGUAACUGGCUGUCCAUUCAAACCACGUUGACUGCUUUCCAAUCCGCUCCAGUGAAGAGUAAUAUUAGACCGACGCGAGGUAGUACUAGUUUCGGCUUGAGGACAACAGUUCGGUUUCGAACCGCGAGCAACACCUUCCGCGCGGUGAAAACGGUAGACUGGCGGGUUUCUGCAGCUAGAAACUCGCGUUGGGCGGUAAAGAAGAGCGGUCGGUGGCGGGUAGGAGGGACCUUUGAUCCACACCCCUUUUGUUUUUAAACACUGACGUAUGCAGGGAAGGGUAGCAACAGUUGCCUCGAGACCCCCGCGCGCCAUAGAGACUGUAGCCGUGGAGACAGUUACUUACCAACGGCAGCAACACUCAGCAACAGCAGCAGCAACUGGAGGCGAGCGACCAAGUGAGAGAAAGAAACCACAACUAAGCACGAGAAAAGGAGAAAAUUGACAAAAGGCAAGGCUGCAUAUGGGUGACGGAUGGUGAGCAGAGCGUAUCCCACAAUGCAAAGCUCAGAGGGAGGGACUGACUCGGCGUCCACGGUGGCUUUGCGCACCGUCACCUCUGCCCAGGCACCAGUCGUGCAGCCAGUUCCUGCAUCUCAGCAGCGGGUGCUGGUUCAGGCCACAGGAGCGUCUCAGAAGAGUCCUCAGGUGCAGCAGCUGUCAGUGCCCAGAGUACAGCAGGUGUCUCAGCAGGUUCAGCAGGUCCAGCACGUGUAUCCGUCCCAGGUGCAGUAUGUGGAGAGCGGAGAGGCGGUCUACACCAACGGCACCAUCCGCACUGCCUACUCCUAUAACCACGAGGCCCAGCUGUACGGCCAGGGCAGUGGGGGCGGUGCCUACUUCGACGGGCAGGCGGGCGGUGCCCAGGUCACCACGGUGGUGUCUGGCGGCGGUGGUGGCGGGCACCCGCACGGCAUGGUGGGCAUCGCCAUGGACGUGGGCGGCAGCCAGAUCAUCUCCAGCGGCAGCGCCUACCUCAUCCACGGAGGCAGCAUGGAGGGAGGACGCCACCAUGGCACACCCACCUCACGCUCCUCCUCAGCUAUGCUUGAAAUGGCGAUUGAAAACCUCCAAAAGUCUGAAGGGAUUGCCACUCACAAAAGCAGCCUGCUCAACAGCCAUUUGCAGUGGCUGCUGGACAACUAUGAGACGGCGGAGGGGGUGAGCCUGGCGCGCUGCUCGCUCUACAACCACUACCUGCGCCACUGCCAGGAGCAGAAGCUGGACCCCGUCAACGCCGCCUCCUUUGGCAAGCUCAUCCGCUCCGUCUUCAUGGGGCUGCGCACCAGACGCCUGGGCACCAGGGGGAACUCCAAGUACCACUACUACGGCAUCCGGAUCAAGCCCGACUCGCCACUCAACCGGCUCCAGGAGGACACCCAGUACAUGGCCAUGAGGCAGCAGCCCGUGCACCAGAAGCAGAGGUUUAAGCCGCUGCACAAGGUGGAGAGUGUUGGUGAUGGUUUCUCUGGCGGUUCCCAUCACGCCUCCAACACCCCAGAGCAGUCUGUGGCCGCCCAGAGCCAGCACCACCAGCAGUACAUUGAUGUGUCGCAUGCUCUGCCUCCGUUCCCUCCGCUGGAUCUGGGUCCCGUGCCGCUGCCCGAGCGCAUCAACAUGGCCGACCUCAAGAAGCUGCAGACCCUCUACAGGGACCACUGUGAGGCAACCCUGGAUGUUGUGAUGAACCUGCAGUUCCACUACAUAGAGAAGCUCUGGCAGUCCUUCUGGUGUUCAGGGGCGCCCUCUACUGACGGAUCCACCACCAUCACCAACAGUGAUGAGGACGGGGAGAAUGUGAUUCCGCAUGAGAAGCUGGUGGCACUGUGCAAGUACGAGCCGGUGAAGGAGUGGAUGCGGAGCUGUGACCACAUCCUGUACCAGGCCCUGGUGGAGAUCCUCAUCCCCGACGUGCUCAGACCAGUGCCCAGCACCCUGACUCAGGCCAUCCGCAACUUCGCCAAGAGCCUGGAGAACUGGCUCACCUCAGCCAUGUGUGACUUCCCUCAGGAGACCGUACGCACCAAGGUGGCGGUAGUGUCUGCGUUUGCCCAGACCCUGCGGCGCUACACGUCCCUGAACCACCUGGCCCAGGCGGCCCGCGCUGUACUGCAGAACACCUCCCAGAUCAACCAGAUGCUCUCAGACCUCAACCGCGUAGACUUUGCCAACGUACAGGAGCAGGCGUCGUGGGUGUGCCAGUGUGACGAGAGUGUGGUGCAGCGUCUGGAGCAGGACUUCAAGGUGACGCUGCAGCAGCAGAGCUCCCUGGACCAGUGGGCCGCCUGGCUGGACAACGUGGUCAACCAGGUGCUCAAACCCCACGAGGGCAGCGCCAGCUUCCCCCGCGCCGCGCGACAGUUCCUGCUCAAGUGGUCCUUCUACAGCUCCAUGGUGAUUCGGGACCUGACCCUGCGCAGUGCCGCCAGCUUCGGCUCCUUCCACCUGAUCCGGCUGCUGUACGACGAGUACAUGUUCUACCUGGUGGAGCACCGCGUGGCCCAGGCCACAGGGGAGACGCCCAUCGCCGUCAUGGGAGAAUUCAGCGACCUCAACUCCAUGAUGCCUGUGCUGAUGGAUAAAGAUCCAUCGUUCUCUGACGACAUGAGUGAUCUGGGCAGCGAUGGGGAUGUGUCGCGAGGCCCCAGUGAGCCGGCGGUGAAGAGGGAAAGGAUCGAGCUCAACCACUCUCUACAGGAGAUCUAAUCUGAGCCGCUCCCUCUGCUCCACACACACAUGCACACCCCUAGUCACCAGCUGACCAGUCUACCCUGUUUGUGUGUGUGUUCCUGCACAGACCCCCACAGCCCAGCACUGGAAGGGAUGAUGUGAUGUGCUAUCCCUUUCAGCCGUGCGUGUGUUGCAGGUCUGCGGGUGUGUGUGUGUGCGUGUGUGUUGUUCCUGGGAGAAGAGAGUGGUAGCCUGCCAGAGAAAAGGGGUGGCUGGGUUGCGUGUUGUUCUAGUUGCCUUGUGUUCUCUUGCCCUGGCCUCCCCUGCUGUGCCGGAGUGACUCCUCUCCAAGCCCCAACCCCACCCCGUCUGUGACUGUGAAUCGGUUGUUACCUUGUAUGAGUGGUCCUGUUAGAGAGCUGUGCCAUAGCUAGUUGUUAUUCCAGUGCCUUAGAGAUUUUAAAAGGAAAAAAAUAUAUAUCACAAGUAUGAUUAAACAAAAAACAACCCAAAACUUACCUUAAGAACCUCCAGCCUCCAAUCACCUGUCACACCCUCCUCCCUCUUUACAGUACCUCCUAGCGGUGCCUCUUUAACACAGAAUGAAUGUAACGUUCCGUAACCUCAAGAGAGAAAGCGCUCUGAUGCACCUUCUUAGAACCGUAGGAGCUAUAGAGACUUAGAAACUCACUAACGCUGCACUCCCCAAGCUGAUGUGCUCGUCGCUACGACUACGACUACGACUACGACUCGUCAGUCCAAAGCCCAGCACGCCUCAUCUCCUCUUAUCUGCUCACUCCUCAAAUCCUCCCUAUAACGGUCAGUCCAGAAGAGGGCGCUCUCUUUCUCUCUCCUCUUGCCCCAGAGUGAGCCUGCGUGGUGCAGACUGCAGUAUGGAGCCCUUGGCCAUAUGAGAUCCCACUGCACGGUGCCUGAGGUGGGGUGGAGGCGGGUGGAGGUUAGCUGUGGCCUGACCUGCCUCUUGCACCCACCCUAGCAGUGGCCCGUGUGGCUUGCUCUGAGAUUUUAUCCACACUGUAUAUUUUUAUUACCCUCCCUCUAGAUCUUUAAAAGCCACGUUUCCUCUGCCUCACUAAUUUUUAAUAAUUAAAAAAAAAUGUAAAUGUUUUUAUAGGCAUAUGUAUGUAAAAACUACAUAUGGCUUCAGCUAUGAUGUCAUCAACCUGAUUGCUUGAGACACGUCUGCCAAAGUAGUUUGGUUUUUAGCACUGAGAGAAAUCAGGCCUGUUGUACAUUGUACAUUUAAAAACAAAUGACUAUUCCAGUGAGCCUUACACACCCAAGAUCAGCCCUGUUGUGUUAACGUUUGUGUUGGUGUGUAUGGUGCAUUUGAGAUUUUUAAGUGGUGGGACAGACGGUGAUUUAUCAGUGAAACCUGUUCGUUCAGAGUACAAUGAGGUGUACAUAUAUGUGUGACUUACCUGGAAGUUUUUAUUGGAGGGGUGUUAAUUCAGGGGGUGUUCAGGACACUCCUCUGCCUCUGUGCUGUGCCUGAGAUAUGCAGACUUCGGGGUGGGUCUUCUUCAUCGGCCCCAUGAAAUGCCCCGCCCCUCCUCUUCGCACUUCCUGAGUGCAGUAGUGACGGUUGAACCUGUGCCUCCCCGUGGCAGUGCAGCAAAAUGGUGUAAAUCACAUUAAUAUUUACCUGUCAUGUGUUUGACUUUACACUCAGUAUAAUCCUGGGUGCAUGGAUGGCCUUUUUAAUUAUAUUAGUUUUUAAGAGAAUUAUUAGUGACAUUGAAGCCCCCCCUGAUGUAUUGCAGUGACUUUGGAGAGUAAAAAUUGAUCACUUAUUAAAAUAUAUGGGUUGUGGAAAAAAAGUUUUUUAAAAAGUUCCUUUAUCCUCUUGAUGGUGUUUGCAGUUCAGUUCAAAAGAGACCUGUUGAAUGUGUUCGCUAUAGCAGCCGGUUGAGAAGCGUUGGAUUGUCCCAAAGCUACGGACCUUGGCUGCACCUCACACGUUGUCCCCUCCGCUCCGCCACUUGUCACAAGUGUUCUGUUGUUCCCUGAAUUCCCCUUCUUGGUACCAGCCCACAAUCAUUUAGUUGGGGGAGUGGGCGGAAGAAAACCCACCCUGCGAUUUCUAAUGUGUAGCUAUUGGCCACUGUGGUCUGUGGAUAUUUUAACUUUUUAUUCCUCCUCAGCAAAACCCCCAGUUUCGUUCCUUCUUGGUACAACUUGCUAACCACCCGCCCCCACCCCCUGUGUCCUUGCACUCCCCCUCCCUGUCCCACUGUUUCCCAUAUUUAUUAGCGAUGGUUGUCCACGUAGGGAAGCCUGGUGGUACACUACACUCUUGUCCCUGCUCUUGGCCCAUUCCAGUAGCUGUACGAUAUGUCCAAGUCCUGAGCUGAAGACCUGGGUAAAGCUUUGUAUUCCAUGUUCUUUAACUUGUGCCUGUCUCCGUAACUUGCCUUUAUAGAGUGUUUGGGGAAAAAUAUUAUCUGUCAUUGAUUUUUUUGUUUUGUUUUUCUUUUUUUGUAAUGCUGUUUAGAUUUCUGGUUGAGGAUUAUUUUUAUUGGACUAGGUCUGAUUUCUUCUCACAAGUAUAUUGAUACUUUAUUUUUGUGUAUUUUUAAAACUGUUCUUGACUUCUUUACCCAGCCUGAGGACAGAAAGACUGUAACAAACUGCAUAGUUCGAUUGUAUUUUGUACCGGUUAAAAAAAUAAAUAAAAAUGAAACUGGUGUAAGCUG